AUGGACAAGGAUGAGGCGCGAGGCUUCCUCGAGUCCCUGCUCAACAAGAAGCUGCGCAUUCACACGACAGACGAGCGCAUGUUCUGGGGCGAAUUCAAGUGCACCGACCCAGACCGCAACAUAGUUCUAGCACACACCUACGAGUACCGCCAGCCGUCCCCAGAACAGCGAGCCAAAGCAGCAGCCGCCUCCAACGCCGACGCCACCACCAUCAAGAUGGAGCUUACCCACCGCUACCUCGGACUUGUCGUCGUGCCCGGAGAGCACAUCGCACGUAUCGAGAAGGAAGACUUCGCCAGCCAGGUGAAGAAGGAGUGA